UUCGAGGCUAUGUGCCAGGCGCCAUUCUUGCCAGGAGAAGAAGAAUGAAGCAAAAACAAGCACAUGUGAUUGUGAGCGAGCCCACUUGUGUCAAGUCGCCGACUUCUACUUUUCGUUUUCCAUCCGUGCUUUGUCGAACUAAGCUUUCGGAUGUGCAGUAUGGAGAAGCCUGGCUUCUAUCCUCCGCCCGAUUUCGACUGUCCUCCUCCGAGCUCCAUCCAAGCGUCGCGGCCUCAGCAGCCCGUCUCAAAAAGUAACUUCCACCCGAGCAUGUGGACUUGGAGCGAGACACCUUCCGAGCCCACCUGGGCCCAGAGCUCCCAAGCGAGCUGGUACCGCGAACCGGCGUCAGGACCUGCUCUCUGGUCACCUAACAUUGCAUCGCAGUCUUCGUACGGUCGUGAUUGGUAUCACAGUGGACAACAAAGUUGGAGCAACUACGGACCAACAGCCAACCAUGGGAAAAGGUAUCCAACCAAGAAAGAACCAAAUUUUGUUCAUUUUUGUGACACGUGCGACCGAGGAUUCAAAAACCAGGAGAAGUAUGAAGAACAUGUUGCUCAACACGUAGAGUGUUCUGUCCCAGAUUGCAAAUUCAUGGCUCAUGAAAAAAUAGUCAGCAUUCAUUGGAGAAAUACCCAUGCGCCCGGAAUGAAGAGAAUUAAGCUGGACACUGCGGAAGAGAUAGCGAAAUGGAGAGAGGAGAGGCGCAAGAACUAUCCAACUCUACAGAAUGUCGAGAAAAAGAGAAAACUGAUGGAGGAACGUGAGAAGACUGGAGCAGUUUUGGAGACAGCCCAGUUCGGACGGAUGAGAAGCAGGGGACGUGGGCGAUGGCGUGGGAGAGGUCAUCACCGGUUCCAGGGCCAGCAGGGCCGCGGCCCGCAUCCGUCCGACGGUGGCGCCGCAGCAGACAGACCGCCGCCCCUCGACCCGGCCAGCCAGAAUGGUGAUCCACUGGGAGUGUUGGCCAAAAGUGACAUUGACUCGGACAAAGACGAUGCAGACACUGAGUCCAAGACCGCUUGCCUUGUUGUGGCCCCUAAGCAGAUGACCGUUGCUCUGGGGUCUCUUGUGACAAACUAUGGCUCCAUGAGUGAGAGUGAAGGGGAUGAAGGAGAACAGGACUCUACUAUUCAAAAGGGCAAAGACCUGCUCCAGGAAAACAAGGACCUGCUAGGCCAGAAAAAUGGACCCUUCACAGACGGCGAAACCAUAACACAGGGGACGCAAGCCUCCAAAGUAUCAUGUCCUUGGUCUGCCCUCAACACAUCAAACAACCAAAGAGGACGAGGGAGAAGAGGAGGACGACGUGGUCGGGCUGGACACCAUAAUAUAGCUCAGACACGGCGGCCCACUCUCCUUGAGAUGCUGCUUGCCCCAGAUAUACGACAUGAGAGAAACGUCCUCCUGCAGUGUGUUCGGUACGUGGUCCGAAAUGACUUCUUUGGCCUGGAGCCCAAGCCUCAACGCCAGCUGAUGCAAGCUACUGGAAGUUCAGACCGAGAAGCUUGGAAGGAAAACAGGACUCUGUCUGAUACCCUGGUUGGUGGCGAAAUGUGUUCUGUCAAAGGUGGGACUUCAUCUCACAGAGCCACCGGUAGUGGUGCAACAUGUAAGGAAGACGACAAGGAAGUUGGUCCAUCUAAUGUGACAAGUGAGACCACAGUUCAGCAGAAUUUGUCAGGGAAUUGUUUGGACAAGUGGCCACUUGAUGGUCAGGGUGCCUCUGGAGCACCAGAUGACAAAGCUGUACCUGAUACACCACAGAACCAAAGUGGCCCAACACCUGACCAAGCUGGCGCUGGUUCACCGUGUGACCAAACUGUUUUCCCAGAUAACCAAGGCGACAAAGCUACGCAACCCAGUGACUGUUGUCUAAGCACACAAAAAAACAAAGAUGCCCCAGUGGACUCUUUAACAAGUGGAGAGCCGGUUUCGGAGGACAAGGAAGAAAUGGCAACCACUUACGAGCACAGCCAUGAUUCAGUGGCACCUUAUGAAAGUAGAUCAACCAAUAGUUAUGAGGAUGAAAUAUGGGAAAUGUCAAAUUGAUUUCUGUUUCUCUUUAGAAACUCUUUGUAUUUUGGUUGCUUAAUUUUUGCCAGUCUAACCAGUGUCAGCACAGUACAACUGGUUAGAGUGUGGGCCUCACAGUUCUAAGGACUGGGAUUCAAAUCUCAGACCCGACUGGGUGGAGUUAGCAUGUUCUCCCCGUGCCUGUGUUGGUUUUCUCCGGCCACUCCGGUUCCCUCCCACAUCCCAAAAACAUGCAACUUUAAUUGGACACUAAAUUGCCCCGAGGUGUGAUUGUGAGUGUAGCUGUUUGUCUCUAUCUGCCCUGUGAUUGACUGGAAACCAGUUCGGGGUGUACCCUGCCUGAUGACUGCUGGGAUUGGCUGCAGUACUCCCGUGACCCUCGUGAGGAUAAGGGGCUCAUAAAAUGGAUGAAUGAAUCAUUUUUGCCACAUUUAUUUGAUAAUGGCAACUUUGCAAAAUUACAUUAUUUUUUUUCUCUCCAGUAAUAAAUGCAAAAAAAUAUUUUUGAGCUUGGUCUUUUUCCACCCCCAAAAUGUUCCAAGUGUGCAGAAUAGGGUUUUACAUUCAGGUACAUUGUUGUUACCUAGCGGAAACGAGAUAGCGGGCACAGAAACAGUUCAACCAGCUGGAUAAGAAGUCUUUUUGAAUCGCUAACUUCUGCCUUAAGUU